CAUGUGAGGAGGUGCGGGGCGGGAGGCAUCGGCUGCGCCGGAGCCGAGCCCGGCUCGUCCUCCCUUUCUCUCAGCAUCCUCCGUGAUGCGAUCCUGGAGGUGAUACAGGCACAGCAGCAUCCAUGGCCUGCCCUUAGCGCCAGCAUUCCUGCUUUAUCCUCCGUGAUAUUCUGGCAGCGAACCGAGCCCGGCGUCGGAGGCGUUUGGUUGGUGAAGGGCUGACGUUGAGUGGCUGGUAACCGGGAUCGUAUUCUCCUGUAUUUUUUCAGGCUCCUUGGAAAUUGAGGAAUGCAAUUCUGCCACCAUGAUGGAAGGAUUGAAAAAACGUACCAGGAAGGCCUUUGGUAUACGGAAGAAAGAAAAGGACACUGAUUCCACGGGUUCACCAGACAGGGAUGGCAUCAAGAAGACAAAUGGAGCCCCGAAUGGAUUUUAUGCGGAGAUUGACUGGGACAGAUACAACUCACCUGAACUUGAUGAGGAGGGAUACAGCAUCCGACCUGAGGAACCAGGCUCUACCAAAGGAAAGCACUUCUACUCCUCAAGUGAAUCUGAGGAGGAAGAGGAGGCACACAAGAAGUUCAACAUCAAGAUCAAGCCCCUGCAGGCGAAGGAUGUCCUGAGGAGCGCGGCCACUGUGGAUGAGCUGAAGGCCUCCAUAGGCAACAUUGCACUUUCUCCAUCCCCUGUGAGGAAAAGUCCGCGGCGCAGCCCGGGGACAAUUAAAAGGAAUUUAUCCAGUGAGGAGAUCACGCGGCCCCGGCGCUCCACACCAACACCAGACCCUGCCAGCAAGAAAACAGGGGAGGAUCCUGCUGCACUGGCUCCGCUCUUCGGGCCCCCCUUGGAGUCGGCGUUCGAGGAGCAGAAGCUGGACGCUGCUCUAGAUCAGCCUGAGAUCUGGGGUUCAGUCCAGCCCAUCAACACAAGUGUAGAGUCCCCAAAACUUCCGAGACCUUUUCCAACUGGAACUCCUCCACCGCUCCCACCGAAGAACAUCCCGGCCACACCGCCGCGCACCGGCUCCCCCCUGCCUGUGGGAAUAGGAGGGGACCAGGCAGCAGCAGAGCCCAAAAGGGACAAACUCCCGUCCAUCAAUGACUUGGACAGCAUUUUUGGCCCUGUGCCGUCCCCCAAAUCUGCUGCUGCGAACGCAGAAGACAAGUGGGUCAAUUUUUCUGAUCAAUCCCCGGAAAACGCGGCUCCAGAGUUGACGCCCCGGGAAAAAACGGGAUCCCCGCCGGCGGCAGCGGCUGCUCCAGCCAAUGCUCCCGCGGCGGAGCCCUCCCGCCCGCUGCCCUCGCCGCUGCACCUGGAGGAGGUUCACAAGAAGGUUUCUGAGCACCUGAAGGAUGAGAACGUGGAGCCGGUGGCCUCUCCCAAAGAUUUUGGGCCGGGACAGAGAGCGACCCCGCCGCCCCCUCCGCCACCCACCUACCGCACGGUGGUCUCGUCCCCCGGACCGGGCGCCAGCACGGGCAGCACCAGCGGUUCCUCGUCGCCAGCUCGCCCUGGAACGCCACUGGCCACCUGUGGCACCCCCCCGCCACCGCCCCCCCGGCCCCCCUCCCGGCCCAAGCUGCCCCCCGGCAAGCCCCCCGUCGCUGAUGUGUCCAGGCCUUUUAGCCCUCCUAUCCACUCAUCCAGCCCUCCUCCGAUAGCACCUUUAGCCCGUGCUGAAAGUACUUCUUCCAUAUCUUCCACCAAUUCCCUGAGUGCAGCCACCACUCCCACCGUUGAGAAUGAACAGCCUUCCCUCGUUUGGUUUGACAGAGGAAAGUUUUAUUUGACUUUCGAAGGGUCAUCACGGGGACCCAGCCCCCUCACCAUGGGGGCACAGGACACCCUGCCUGUCGCUGCCGCCUUCACAGAAACAGUCAAUGCGUAUUUCAAAGGGGCCGACCCCAACAAGUGUAUCGUGAAGAUUACAGGGGAGAUGGUGCUGUCAUUUCCAGCAGGCAUCACCCGACACUUUGCCAAUAAUCCCACGCCGGCGGUGCUCACCUUCCGGGUGCUGAACUACAACAGGCUGGAGCAUGUCCUGCCAAACCCCCAGCUCCUCUGCUGUGACAGCGUGCAGAGUGACACCAACUCGAAGGAGUUCUGGGUCAACAUGCCAAAUCUGAUGACUCACCUAAAGAAGGUAUCGGAACAGAAACCGCAAGCCACCUAUUACAAUGUGGAUAUGCUCAAAUACCAGGUAUCUGCCCAGGGUAUUCAGUCUACUCCAUUAAACCUUGCAGUGAGCUGGCGGUGUGACCCUGCAAGCACUGACCUCCGCAUCGACUACAAAUACAAUACAGAGGCAAUGACCACACCGGUAGCUCUAAACAACGUCCAGUUCCUCGUCCCCGUCGAUGGAGGAGUAACCAAACUUCAAGCUGUGCUUCCUCCCGCUGUCUGGAAUGCUGAACAGCAAAGGAUAUUGUGGAAGAUCCCUGAUAUCUCUCAGAAGUCAGAAAAUGGAGGUGUGGGGUCUCUGCUGGCCCGGUUCCAGCUGUCAGAGGGGCCGAGCAGCCCAGCCCCGCUGGCCGUGCAGUUCACCAGCGAGGGCAGCACCCUGUCCAGCUGCGACAUUGAGCUCGUGGGCGCUGGGUACCGCUUCUCCCUCAUCAAGAAAAGGUUUGCAGCAGGUAAAUACUUGGCUGAUAACUGAUGGAAGCUUAUGCAAGUCUGUGGAAAAUACUAUGGAAAAUACCCAAGGACUGCUGUGUGUGGAACGGGUUUUAACUACAGUUUAAGGAAAAUGAACUAAAUCCUGCACUUGGGACAUUUCUGUUGGAAGUGUCGACAACUUUCAGCAUUUUUUUUCCUUGGAAAACACCGUCUUGACCAGUCCUACAGUAUUUACUUCUAGAUGUAACAUUGUUAAUGGUUUUAAAAUGUAAUUAUUGUAUUUGUAAAUUGUACUCAUUCCAGUAAGGCUGUAUUUUGGCAGUUAGACACUUGAGUUUUAGCAUUUUACCAUUCAUGAAAUGGAUGUAAUUUAAACUGUGGUAUAUAAAUCUAAUAGUAGUACUGUUGAAUGGCACAAUGCUUACAGAGGUAGAUUACAUUUUGUCAAUAUAUACAAUUUAAAUACAAUACUGGUAGCUGUUAUGAAGGGGGUGCCUCAUCAAAAGAGAGUUCAGUAGAGCCCACAUGCUGAUUUACUUUCCCUUCAGUCUUUAGUACGUUUCACAGCGAUGAAUAAAAGCUUAAUCUUCAGGUUUAGCUGGUUUAAAUCCAGAGAAAUAUCGCUGUAAAGGUGGAGGUUCCUAGCACAGUCUCCCAGGAAAAAAAUCUACAAGGAGUAUUUACUCCAAAUUCCCAACCUGCCCCGUGUUCUCUUACAGCUGCAGAUUCCCUGUCAGGAGUCCCGGCAGCAUGUAGGUGACCAAUGUUUCUCUUUACCCCAUGUCCAUAUAUUUUGCAGGGAUUCAGAUAAGGAAAUAAGCGGCAAAGAGACUGGGUGGUAAAUCUGAGCUCACAGCGCUGUCAGGAAAUGUUCCUGCUGUUUUUAAGGAUGCGUUUUCGGAGCCGCCUCCAGAUUUUUGGUUGCAUUUUUACGUUCCUUUGCUCGCUUUUCUGCCUUUCCCCCCAUUUUUGAAAGCCCUAUGGGUUUAGAAAAUGUUUUAAAGACAUGCAGCCCCCCAAGGCCUUUCCAUUUUACCACUAAGGCGGGAAAGUGUGUAUGGACUGGGAAACAACUCCCUGGGGAGCUGCCAAAAUACAGUGGGGCAGGAGCCAGCCUUGCUGGCACUGGGAGCAGCUCUCUCCUGGAGAUGGGAAAAUACAUGAAAGUGCUAAACGGGAGGCUGGGGAUCAAAAAAUUAUCCCUCUGUGUUUUUCCUGGGAACUGGUGUCCUGCUGCUCAUCCCUGUGCAGCGUUUGGGAUCUUGUUGACGUUGGUCUCAUCCUACUUCUGGCAACAUGGUGAUAGCAUUGGUGGCAUUAAUGGCACAGCAUCUGCUGAGAUGUGGAGCUUGUUUAAUGGGAGAAUUUGGCAAUAUUGGGAAAGAAAAGAAGGGCUCUUUACAAAAUUAAACACAGUUGCAGUUCAGAUGCACAGAGAAGCUCAGGAGCAUCCACUGAACUGGGUGCUGGGGACUUCGGGAAUGUGUAAGAUGACAAAUAGUUCUGAUUUUACAGUCACAAAUGUUGCCAGGAUUAGGCUUGUGUAUUUGCAUUGGAAAACUUAGACUGAGCAUGUUGGGAAGUGCUUGAUUAUUGAGCAGUUUGGAUUGAUGUAGAAAAACAGAGAGCGGGGCCCAUCUAAAAAAAAAAAAAAAAAAAGGAAAUUUGGAGAUAUUUCAGGUCUGAGGUGACUCCCAGGCUGCGAUUUGUAAGAUUGAGGGGUGAGCUCUGUGUGUGCAUUCACAAAAGGCAGCAACAGGGAAGAUAAAGCACAAUUUGGUUCUGCAACUUCCCACAUCUUGGCAGAUUUUGGAAGUACACUCAGCAGUGCUCCUGGAUGGAGUGUCCCACUCCAUUAAUGAUUUUCCCCCUGAACUGGAAAUAUGUAUAAAGUGUGUAACCCACCCCUUUCUGACACAGGAAUACAGGGCAAACCCUAAGAAUCAGUUCUUCAUCACUUCAUGCUGUGUACAACGGUUACAAACUCAUUCUUCCAAAAGAGAUCUAUGGCAUACGCCCAAAAAUAAGGGGUUUAUUGUGUAAAUAUUCCCAGAACAUAGAGAUUUUACUUUAUAUUUCAUUCGAGAGACAAGGUGUUUACAUAGCAUUGGGUUUUUGAAUGCUUUUUAAACA